CGUGUGUUGUGAUUCCAGCAGCACCGUGGAAGGCCAUCUGUUCCGCUCCUCUCCCGUGAAACCCGACUCUCCUGUGUUUCUACAGUCGCAGAUCGCAGCAGCCUAUCACAGCGGGAGAUGGCUGCUGCGUCAUCACGUUCAGGAUGUUGUCGCUGCCAGCGCAGUAACGCUCGAUGAACUUCACAGCCAGAGGACAUUUUACAAUAAAACACGUUUUAAUGGCACUGAUGAAGAGAUCGUGUUUAUCCAAACUAAGUGUUUCAUCUUUUAUCUUUAGCCCACAGAAGAGACGCCUCCCCGGAAGAAGAUCACAGAGUUAAGAAGAUGGUGACCAAGAGGAUACGCUCGGAGUACAUGAAGAAAUUCAAAGACCCCAAAUGGGAGACCUACACCAAGUGUUAUGAGGAGAUGCUGAAGUACAGGCUGACACGCCGGCUGCUGGAGCAAACACACAACCCCUGGUUCUGGAGCGGCUCAGAUAGUGAUUCAGACUCAGCUGGAAGAAGUCCUCCCCCUCCUCCCAUUAAUAACCAGGUACAGGAUGAAACCGAGCUGGUGGAGUGUCAUGGGGCGAGGACGGACAAACAGCCGGAGCUGCACGACAGCCCUGCAGGGCCUGUACCCAGACUUCACAUUCAGGAGCAGGAAAAUGGAGGCUCCCAACUUGAUGGUGUCAAACAGAGGAGAGUACCAGAGGAGGAGAGGGAGGAGCAGAGAGCCAGCAGCAGAGGCAGUAAACAGUUAGCAGUUUCCCACAGAGUGCGAGACCAAGAUGCUGGACAGCACCGAUUGCAGCAGAGUAAACCUCCCAAAUCCUCAAAACAAACGUGGGUCUCCCAUCGCGUCAGACCUGCACCAUCACGGCAGCCCAAGGAGGAGAGUAAGGGCAGCCGACACUCUUUUGCUCUGUACGCCUCUGGAGAGAAGCAUGCAGACAUCGGGGCCAUGAAGACGCACAACGUCGGCCCUACAGCUUCGACAACUGAGAUCCACGAGUCGGCUCUACGCGCUAAGACCAGGCGGGAGGUGGAGCGUCAGAUCCAGACCCACAGAGCUGAGCGCCGGAAAGCCAAGUCUGUCGAGCUGGCCAAGCCCAGGAAGGUGGUUCAACCUGAGUUCAACCCCUGGAUCACUGAGUACAUGCGCUGCUUCUCUGCUCGCUAACAAUAGGACAGACACAGACACACACACACACACACUCAGUGCAGACAUGUGUAAGUCAGGACGAUUCUAGACAAAAAAGAAAGUGAAGCCAUUAUUGCCUACCGUCGCUGAGGUCUGAGUACACGCUAUUGUAGAAUAGAGCAUUUAGUCGUACAAAGGCUUCUGAAUGUGCAUCACUCUGACAUUCAUCAUGUAAACAGAAAGAACUGGAACAUUGAAUUUCACAGUGUGGCUUUUUGGACCAUGAGUGUCUAUCGAUCCAUCUGUGAAUCAAUUUAAUAUCUACAUCUAGAAACAUCUUACAGGUGAGUUCAGGCUCUUGAAAGAUAUCAUUUGAAAGAUGAUGAUUAGUUAAGAAUGUGUCAACAGGUAACUAGAGGUAGUGAAGGCACAAUGUGUGUAUAGAUUCAGAGAUUAGAUCAAAUGGGAACAUCAUUUUAUGAUACUGGACAUAUUGUGUACGCAUGUUAACAAAGUCAAACACACUAGAACAAGUUGGCAUUCCAAAAUAUUUUGCGGCACACAUUAAGAUGGUUUAAUCAAUCCUCGUGUGUGCUGAUCAGUAGGUGGGUUGACAUACUGAGAUACGUCUGUUUUAAAGGUUUAAUAGUCUUCAGAUCACGUAAUGCUGAAUAUGUUUAGAUUUAUCUGUUUGGGUAACAGUUGAUUGGUCUUUUCCCCCUUGAUAGAUUGUACACCUCUCAGAAACUGCGCUGUGUGAUAAUUAAUUUUAAAAUAGUUUGCUGACAACACGUGUGUCCUUCUCUUGUGUUGUUGUGUGUGGAAACUCACAACCUGGUGCUAACACUGUCUGAAGAGCUGUGACUUGUAAAGCCACUGGGACGGCUGUGAACAGUGUGUGUGGUGUUGGUGAUACUGGUCUUUCUUACAGCUUAUUUAGGUUAUUUUCAACACAAAAUAAUGAACUAAAUUAUUUAAAGAUAAAUUAUCUAAUUCUAAUUAUUAGCGAAAAGGAUUCAGAGCCAAAGUUGAAUCAAUACAAAGUUGGAUGUAAAGCCAAAGUCUAAAUGACCUCAUAUCAGAACUGCUAUUAUAAAUAUAAUAGAAAUAACUUUGGCACAUAACUAAUGCUAACUAAAGCAUUACCAAAUCAAACAGCACUUUGACAAAUAGUCACCUUUCUUAAAUUACAUUUGUACAUUUUCUGACAAGCUUCAGGUUUUCUUGUAAUGUCUUUUAACUCUCUGCAAAUGUCUAUGUGAAAAUGAUGAAAAUAAAUGUUAUUUGUAUGUACACAAGAAGACUGAACUGCAUUUUAACCCUUUGUGUAACAGAUCAGAUCUUUUCAUGAAUGUUGAGACGAUGAGAAAAUCAGAUCCAACAAACCGGGGUCAAAUCUGCUCUGUGCCAAAUAUAAACAAUUUCUUUACAAUUUACAACUCUAGUUAUUGAUGUUCUGAUCGGACUGUUGCACAGAAGAAAAGAGAGGAAAAGGAAAGGAGAGAACUUGAGGCCUGUGCUUCACGUUAAGAAAUGUAUUAUUUUUCAGUUUUGUUGUUGCAGCUCCAAGUUCAGUAUUACGCAACCUAUUUUUGCUUUGUAUUCAUUUAAUUUCUUUGUUUUGCUGUAAUAUAGAUGAGACGUGAAUUUUCAUGCAAUAUUCUUCCAUUUUAAAGAACUGCAUAUGAGCCAGUGUGGUUUUCAGACGUGCACAUUGACAAUCUGAGGGAAAUAGGAUAGUAAAUACCUAGUUUACUUCAUUAGUUUGUUAAUUAGACCAAACUUUGUAGAUGAGAUCCUGUUUUUACUGUAGAGGGAUUUUAAUUCUUACCUUAUUUUCCAGGGUUUACUUGGUUAUCCACAAAGCAUGACUAUUCCUUUCAAGCAGGACAUUGUCGUACAUUCAUAAAUAAGUCAUACAAAAUGAUUGUCCUACUGCAGAAAGUCGAAUCAGAGGUCAUGAAGAAGAAUCGAUUGAAUAGAUGAUAUAAGACACCAGAAGUCCAGUGAACAGUCUGGUUUUAUCUAAUUUCUAAUAUAAUCGAAUGGCAACUACAAUAUUGCUAACCCCCAUAAAACCCUUUCUGUUCUUGUUUUAGCUUUUUAACAUACUUUAUGUACAUAAAGAAAAUUAUGUAGAUGACAACUGUUGAGUUCAAAUGAUGAUGUGAUGCAAAGCUUUUAAUAAAUUCAUUUACUGUCAAUCUGCUAAA